CGACCAGUGGAUGGUGCCUUGUAGAGACACUGCUGUGGGAUAAGCUUUCACUCACCUCCAUCAAGCCACGUACAGACAGUGACGUCAAGAGUCACCACCGACGGGGAAGAGUGCCUAUAUAGAUGAUAAUAGGACUGGUCCUCGACUGAUUCCCGCAAACAAGUGCAGUCAAAUCAAUCAAAUCAAAUCUCAUCGAGCUCAAUCAAGAUGGCACCACCUGAAUACAUCACCCAUCCCGAAUAUUCCUCGAAGGUCCUCCUCCGCGGAGACUCCGAGUACGAACGAUGCCGCGUGAUGAAUCCGUCAGCGGCGGCCCCUCGGUAUCCCCGUGAAAUCCACCUCGUGGAGAGUGUCGCCGAUGUCCAGAACGCCUUGAAACGAGCAGCCGAGCUGGGGACCACCGUGAGCGUACGGUCCUCCGGUCAUGCAGCGCAAUCCCCCUACCUGGUGCAAGACGGCAUCAUGAUCGACACCACCAACCUCAACCGACGCGUGGACUACGACGAAGACACCCAACAAAUCACCUUCGGCCCGUCCUGUCGCAUUGGCGAGGUAUCGCAGAAGCUGAGUGAAGUCGGCCGUUUCUUCCCCUUUGGUCAUGCCCCGACCGUGGCUAUGGCCGGCUAUCUCCUUGCCGGAGGACAAGGGUUCUUCAUGCGCGGCUACGGGGCCGCCGUCACGUUCGUCACCCGGAUGGAAAUUGCCUUACCCAACGGCGAUCUCGUUCUGGCCGAUAGCGACCACUACUCCGACCUUUUCUGGGCCGCGCGCGGCAGCGGGCUGGGCUUCUUCGGGGUCGUGACGCGGUUUUGGGGCCGCACCAUCCCCGCGAAGACCCCCUGGCAACGGACGCUGCUCUUCGAGAUCAACAGCGCCAACUACGAGAAGCUGAUGACCUGGGCCAUUGAAUGCGGACGGGCGACGCCCAAGGAGGCGACGGAUUUGAACCUGGCCAUCGCCUACGCACAGGACGACCCCGAUGCGACCGGGGAUGACGUCCCGGCAGGGGCCAAAUUGCACCUCACGCUGCUGCUGUACUGCUACGCCAAUUCGGAGGACGAGGCCCAUUCCCUGUUGAGCGCCUAUGACCAGACGGACGAGGUCGCAGAUUGCAUGUUGGACAAACAGCCGGCGCACCAGUGCACCUUCGAGGAAAUCCUGGCCGCGGCAGAAGCUGGGCCCGGGCCGGGCGCACGCGUCCACAACAACAGUAUUCUGAGCGAUCCGGGGUGUUCACUGUCUCAGUUGUUGGCAGCCAUGAAGCCGGCCCUGCUGGAGCUCCCGACCCGUCUAUCCAACGUGUACAUCUACCACUGCGACCAACGCCCCGAUGAGAGCCAGACGGUGCUAAGCUUGCCCCUGGAUCUGUACCUCAUGACUGCAACCAUCUGGACAGACCCCCAGCGGGAGGCCGAGCUGCGCCAACACAUUCGGGAGCGGUAUGAACGUGCACUGUCUGUCGCGGGGGGUAUGUUUGUGUUCGACCUGGAUCCCACCUGGGAGGAGGUAAAUACCCGAGUGAUUACCGAUACGGCGUUGCAGAAAUUUCUGCAGAUUCGAGACAAGUACGACCCCCAGGGUCUCUUUCCCAACUACCAGGCCUUUGUGCGGGCGGACAGGAAUGCGCGAGGGCUGCUGCGCCCAGGGGCUCUGGGGGCUCUCAAGCUGGCCACCAACGAGAUUGCGACCGGGGCUGCCUACGUGGCUGCCCAGGGGAGUUUGGAUGGGACUUCCAAUGGGACUCAUCAGAGCCCUGGAGUGUUUGUUUAGACACAGAAUCCCUUCGUGACCGAUCUUGAACGUUUGUUAUACCACCAGAUUGUCAAAGUCAAGCCUCUUUUCUCUGGUCCGGGACUUACAUAGUGCUUUCAUUCCUCGUGUGGGUCUCAGCAUAGAGGCUUAGACAUCGCAUAAAUCAG